GGGGCGGGCACCCUCGGCCGGCUGACGCCACCGCCGUCGCACCCGACGCACCGACGCUCGAGCGACCGGAGCGCGUCGCCGUGGCCGACGGCGCUAUUCUGGUGUCCGGAGAGCCGGUCAGUGACAAGUGAGCCCCGGACGCGACAGCAGCUCGCAGAGAGGAUCGCCACAGCUCGUCCGGUCACCGAGCCGGCAGAAACAGAGGCCAGAGGAGUGCAGUGUCGAGCCACUGCAGAGAGGAGCCUCCAUGGGUCGGCGGAAGGCGGCGGACAGCGCCGAUCACCUGUCCGACAUGGUGCGCCGCAAGAACGCCGUCAACGAGGAGCUGACGCUGGCGGCCAUGUCGGAGAACGUCUGGGCCUCCGUCGAGUCCGGCAAGGAGAGGCGCCGCCGACUGGCCUGCGAGCGCGAGUACGGAGUCGGUCGACCGGGAGCCCAGCCGGCGGCGGCUGCUGCUGCAGCGCCGCCUACACCAGGCCCAGCCCCGGCACCGGCACCGGUGGCAGCUAAGCCAGCCCUGCAGAAGAAGCAGGCGGCCCCGACAAAGACCACACCUCCGGCAGAGGUAAAGCCGGCAGAAAAGAAAGGAAAGGCUGCUAAAGAAGCUCCGAAGUCCAAAACGGACAAGUCCCCAAGUGAGAAACAAGAGCCUGCAGCAAGUGUCCAAAAUUCUGCAGCCCCUGCAGAAAAGCAGGGACCGGAGACUGUUGCAGUUGCGACUGUUAAGCCCGUUGAGGAGGCCGUGAAGAAGGACAAGGAAGAAACACAGCAGACAAAGAAGCCAGUAGAAGUGUCCACGCCCCCGAACAAGCCUGUCGACACUGCCAUUGCUAAGCAGAACGACGAACCAAAAGAGGCUGUCCAAGACAACAAGAAGUCACAGCGCGGCAAGAAGAAGGGCGGACGUACCAGUGAGAGCGACGAUAAGCCAGCCGCCGAAUCAGGAACUCCUACCAGCACACAGGAGGCGCCUCUCGCCAGCAAUCUGUACCAGAUGGUGUCCGACGAGCCCUCUCCCGCACCCAGCGCACCGCUCUCCACCCUUCCCACAGCACCCACUGCCGCACCGUCUGCACCCAUUCCAACGACGCUUUCCUACGCUGAAAAGGCUAAGCAUCCGCCGGCGAGCCCACCCCAUGAGGAGCCUCCCCCUCCGCCGCCCCGCGAGGAGAGUCCCGAGCCCUUAUACGACCCGGUGCCCCGGGCGCACACUCCACCACCGGCGCCGGCGCUGGCCCCGUGCUCCCCGGUCACCGAGGACUGGAUGCCCGUGGAGACACGCAAGGAGAAGAGACGCCGUCGGCGCAGCGAGCGCGCCAGCGAGUCUGAGCGCAAGAGCGAGUCCGAGAGGAAGAGCGAGUCGGCCGCCGAGCCUGACGCGUUUGACCUGCUACUGUCCGGCGGAGAGGGACUACACGAUGGACUUCAGGAGAUCCUGGAUGAGGAGGAAGUGCCGCCUCCUCCUCCGCCACAGCCGGCUGCUGCCCCUCAGACGACGGUUGACGCAUUCGACCUGCUGCUGUCGGCUGCGGAUGACUUGGGUGAUGGAUUUCAAGAAGCGUUCGGAGAUGAAGAGGAAGAACCGCCACAGAUAAGCAAGCCAGCUGUGAAGCAUGCUGACAAGCAAAAUAAGGGCAAGCAAAAGCAGGAUGAGGUUAAAACUGAAAAAGAAACAAAGGCUGUUGCCCCGGUUCUUGACGCGUUUGACUUGAUGCUGGGUGGUGACGAAGGGCUAAAAGAAGGCUUCGAACAAGCUCUUGAAGAUGACGCUGAAGAGCCUGCAAAGGUUCCUGCCGCUGUUGAACCGAAAAGUCAACAAAAGUCCAAGGGAAAGUCCGCCAAAGGUAACAAGAGAGAACAUAAAACAUCCCAAUCUGACAAAAAGUCAGCUCCAGUCGUUGAUGUUAAACAUGAAGAGAAGCCUCAAGCAAAGUCUGGUGAAGAGGAGUGCCCAGCUACGGUCCCGGAAGCUGAUGUCAAAGAGCAACAGCCUCAGGAUGUGAAUAAUGCACAACGCAAGAACAAAAAGCAACGGAGUAGACAAAACAGCGAAAAGACGAAAGGGCGCACGCCGAGGCAGAGUGAGAGUGAACCAGCUGCUCCAGUGGUUUCGCAUUUUGAGGCGGCUGAAGACUUGUGGUUUGACAAGACCGCACAUGAUGCAGCAGAGACCAAGUUUUACGAGGACGCGGCGACCUCGUCAACGCCAGAAAUGGUGCCAGAAAAGCUAACUCCCCAAUCACCGCUUUCCGUGUCAGAGCCUGAGAAGACCUCGGAAAAGGGUAAAAAGCCCCGUAGCCGAAAGAACAGCGAAAAGACGAAACAGGGUCGAACACCACGAGAGAGUACCUGCAGUGAGAGCGAUCCGCCUGCUCAGGCAACCGACACCGCCACCUGGUUCGACAAGGCUGUGUAUGAUGCGGCCGAGACAAGAUUCUACGAGGGUAUAUGCGCGGGAGGUGGUCAAACAGAAAACCAGCAGGGGGUACUAAAAAAAACUUCGGUGACGCCAGCUCCCCAACCUCUUAGUCCCAGCAGCCCACAACGUAUCGUAGAAGAUGCCCGUAGCUCUUUGUCGCAAAGUAGCGUAGCAGUAGCCAGUUCCGCGACUUCGCCCAGCACCAUCUCCCCACCGGCGACGACAUCGGCCGUCACCAGUUCUUCUUCCUCACACCCACCUCCGCCGCACCAGGCCAGCCCAGUGAAGUCCUCUCCUUCCGUUGCCGCUCCCGAGCCGGAUGCUCCUUCGCUCGAUUUCUGUAGCCCUCCCAUGUCUCUCAGCUCACAACCGGAACAGUACUUCGAGGACGUAGUGCUGGCCACCAGAAAAGGCUCGGCUACGAUGGCUGAGCUUCCUGGCUUCACGGCAGCGCCACUAAGCGAGCGUCUCGCUCCCGGCGAACAGCUCGACAGUCUACGUACUGAGCCAGAGCUGGAGCCCGAGGAACCCAGCGAGUCACACAAGGCCGGGAAGAAACGCCAGAGACGCCGAAGGCGGAGAAGCGAUCGCACUAGUGAGUCGGACAGGAAGAGCGAGUCAGAGCCUGCACCAGCCGUGCGGCCGGAGGCUGUGGCAGAGGCGGUUGGUCCAGGUUCGACGCCUGAGAAGGCAGAAGAAAACAAAGAAGUGCCUCCUGUAAAGACGACACCCAUAAACGCUGCACAGAACGGAGCUGAAUCCAAAAAUCAGCAGAAGUCUAACAAGCCUAAACACCAAAGACGAAAAAAGACCAAGUCGACCAGCAGUAAUGGAGACACGUCCGAAAACGGUGUUCAGCCAAAUAAGGUGACGUCACCGUCCACAGUUGGCAGCAACCACGCUCAGGCGAUAACAACGAACGCAUCCAUUCCAGAAACAACAGCAGCCACUUCUCCCGGUAAGCCGUCGGUAAAGGACAGCUCGUCUAGCUCGCCGGCAGGCUCAGAGAGCCAGCCUAGCUCUCCCGAGCACGUCAUCACCAGCUCUCCGGAGCAUGAGGGACCCCGGUUUGUGCCCGAUGACACGGGCCGCCAGUAUGCCUCCCUUCAGCAGCAAGACGCGGACACGAUGCUGCCCGCGCGGCCCGUCUUUCUGGCACAUGCCUGCUUCGUCUGUAAGCGUCUCCACGGCAAACAGUGCCGGCUGAAGUCAUGCGGAAGCUGUCGGCUGGUGGCCUACUGCUCAGCCACGCACCAGCGCGCUCACUGGCCUCUCCACCGGGCCCUCUGCAAGGUCAUCACCAAACAGAUGAAGAAACUGGGCACGGACCAUCUCUACCGCGAGGCGCUCAACGUCAGCAGUCACGAGAAGUGGAAACAGAUCCGAUUCAAGCACAUGACCGUCUGUGAAGAGAUGCUGGGCAGACCCAUGGAGGCGUAUGAAAAGGAGAUGUUCCUGUACCCAAGAGCCUGCGAGACGUGUCACGAGACGACGCCAGAAAAGCUUCACACCUGCCACAGUUGUCACUCGGUCAGCUAUUGCUGUGAGGAGCAUCUGCGGAAGAAUCACUCCAAGUUCUGCAAGGACCUGCGUCUCCUGGUUGACAUCCACACGUACCAGAACCAAUACGGCGUUUGCGACCCUCUCCUGCCGGACAAGAUGCUCACGACGUACGAGCCGCUGUCCGGCAACAUCCGCGAGUUCCUCGUGGUCAACAUGCUCGGACCCGUCAAGGCGUACGGCAUGGGCAACAUCGAGCUGGCGGUGCUCUCGGAGCAGGCGUCGUACCCGCUGUCGCUGCUGUACGCCCUGCAGAACAUCCCCGUCACGGAGGAGUCGCACAUCAGCCAGCUGACCGAGCUCACCGUGCACGUGGUGGGCGCAGAGUUCAGCGCAGAGUGCGACAACGUCACCAAGUGGGACGUCUUCCUGCUGAACGUGCUGCCGCGCCUGCGACGGCUGCACGUCGUCUUCGUCGGCCCCGAGCUGGACAUCGCCGGCAGCCGGCCGGGAGUCACCGAGGAAGACUUCACCUGCGAGUCCUGCCGCAAGGCCGGCAAGCGAUUCACGUGCGAGUUCCAGCCGAGCACGUACUACCACACCUACUGCCGCAGUCCGCAGUUCCGGCCGCCACAGGCCAUCUGCGCCUUCAACGCCGGCCUCUACCGCACCACGGGCCACGAGCGACGCGAUACGUGGCGCGAGACCAUCCCGUACCUGGUGCGUAACGGCGUGCCGCUCGUGCUCACCGCCUACACGCUACUCGAGUGUCCGCAGGACGUGGCACGCAUUCAGGAUGAGCAGAAGGUGGACGUCCUGCUGCCGCCCAUGAAGAACCCCUUCCGCAGCACUCGGCCGGCGCAGAACUUCCUCAACGAGCAUGAGAGCCCGCUCAUCUACAAGAACCAGUACGUCGCGUGUCUGAGUGCCGCGCGGUCGCGCAAGUAGCCGGCGAUCGGAGGGAUGGGGGCCGCGCGGGAGGAUGGGGCUGGGGAGAUGUGACCUGGUGCGGCGGCUGGAGGACCCCGUAAGCUGUGAAAUCCGUGUUCAGACAAUUGUAGUCAAUACACGGCUGGAGAAUCA